AUGUUCAACGACCUCCAGAAGCUCGACGACCUCGUGAAUUUGUUUCACCAUGAUGCCCAAGUUGCAUUUGUUCCAUUUGCUGCAAUCGCGAUUCAGAACUGCUGUGUGGCGGGCAUCCAAAAUUUGAGGGAGCAUGAGCGAGCACGAACCGAGAAUCAUCGCCUUCGUGAGCGGGUGAAGCAGUUGAACAUGAUUCAGAAGAAUCUGCUGAAGCAGGUCUCCGUGCUUCUCACAGAGCGGGAGGAGCUCAAGCGGCUGGUCGAAAAGAGACCGAGCUCGCGCAGAGGCCGUGCCGUUUCUUCAACAUCCAGCUGCGUCAGUUUGCACGUAGGGGACUUGGCAUCAGCCAUUCGGAAUGGCACGAAGUCAGCUGAGCUCUCGCUGAGUGACUCGCACCUGGCACAGGAGUCAGGGGAUGAUGGCCUCCAGGAGGUGCCAGAGACGGCUCGAAGCCGACCACACGAGGAGAGCCCCGAGCGAUCUGUGUCGAGGGACUCAGGCUUGCGAUGGCAGUGCAGCAGUCAAGAACUGCUGCGUCAGAUUCGCCUAGCUGGCUACCCUGCCGCGAGAGCAGCCAUUGCUUCCCAGAAGGUCAAUGGCUCUCGUGGACGUCGCACUUCCCAGGGGAACGGCCGAAGCAAUCCUGCCUCGCCCUUGCGCGCCAAAGCGGAGGAGGAAGAUUUCAUGACCUCUUACGCCCGGCACAUCAAGGCAUACAACUUGCGCCAGAAUGUGGAGAAGUGGGCCAUCUUCGUUCAGCCAAACGAAUAUGCAAUGAACGCCUUCUUGGAAAUCGGUGAAAAAUUGGGAUGA